UGUAAAACCCCCGGGGCGGCGGCGAACGGGCUUCAGAUGCUUCUGGGUCGCGGUGCGAAAAGCGCUCUGGUCCCGCUGUGCGUGAGAGCGGGAGAGUCCAGCGCCACAGCUACCCGGGGAGGGAUGGCGGCCACAGGGACCGCGGCCGCCGAGGCCGCCGGCAAGCUUCUCGUCCUGCUGCUGCUCGGGCUUACGGCGCCCGCCGCGGCUCUGGCUGGCUACAUCGAGGCUCUUGCAGCCAAUGCUGGGACGGGCUUUGCUGUUGCCGAGCCUCAGAUUGCGAUGUUUUGUGGGAAGCUGAACAUGCAUGUGAACAUUCAGACUGGGAAAUGGGAGCCUGACCCAACAGGUACCAAGAGCUGCCUUGGAACAAAGGAAGAAGUUCUUCAGUACUGCCAGGAGAUCUAUCCAGAGCUGCAGAUCACAAAUGUGAUGGAAGCAAACCAGCCAGUCAGUAUUGAUGGCUGGUGCCGAAGGGACAAAAAACAGUGCAAGAGUCACAUCGUCAUUCCAUUCAAGUGUCUUGUGGGUGAGUUCGUUAGUGAUGUUCUGCUGGUUCCAGAAAACUGCCAGUUUUUCCACCGAGAGCGGAUGGAGGUGUGUGAGAAGCACCAGCGUUGGCACACCGUCGUCAAGGAGGCAUGUCUGACUGAGGGGAUGACCUUAUAUAGCUACGGCAUGCUGCUGCCUUGUGGGGUAGACCAGUUCCACGGUACUGAGUAUGUGUGCUGCCCUCAGACAAAGAUUGUUGACUCUGACUCUACUAUGUCCAAAGAAGAGGAGGAGGAGGAAGAGGAGGAGGAGGAGGAAGAGGAAGACUAUGAUCUUGAUAAAAGUGAAUUUCCUACUGAAGCAGAUUUGGAAGACUUCACAGAAGCAGCUGCAGAUGAGGAGGAUGAGGAUGAGGAGGAAGGGGAAGUGGUGGAAGACCGUGAUUACUACUAUGACUCUUUUAAAGGAGACGACUACAAUGAGGAGAACCCAACUGAACCCAGCAGCGAUGGCACUAUUUCAGACAAGGACAUUGUUCACGAUGUGAAAGCUGUCUGCUCCCAGGAGGCGAUGACGGGGCCCUGCCGGGCUGUGAUGCCUCGUUGGUACUUCGACCUCUCCAAGGGAAAGUGCGUACGCUUUAUAUAUGGCGGCUGCGGCGGCAACAGGAACAAUUUUGAGUCUGAGGAUUAUUGUAUGGCUGUGUGUAAAGCGAUGAUUCCCCCAACUCCCCUGCCAACCAAUGAUGUUGAUGUGUAUUUUGAGACCUCAGCGGAUGAUAACGAGCACGCCCGAUUCCAGAAGGCUAAGGAACAACUGGAAAUUCGGCAUCGCAAUCGAAUGGAUAGGGUAAAGAAGGAAUGGGAAGAGGCAGAGCUUCAAGCCAAGAACCUCCCCAAAGCAGAAAGACAGACCCUCAUUCAGCACUUCCAAGCUAUGGUUAAAGCUUUAGAGAAGGAAGCAGCCAGCGAGAAGCAGCAGCUUGUGGAAACUCACUUGGCCCGAGUGGAAGCCAUGCUGAAUGACCGCCGGCGGAUAGCUCUGGAGAAUUACCUGGCUGCCCUGCAGUCUGACCCACCUCGGCCACAUCGUAUUCUGCAAGCUCUGCGUCGUUACGUCCGUGCUGAGAAUAAAGAUCGCCUACAUACCAUUCGUCAUUACCAGCACGUGUUGGCUGUUGACCCAGAAAAGGCUGCCCAGAUGAAAUCCCAGGUGAUGACACACCUCCAUGUAAUUGAAGAAAGAAGGAACCAAAGCCUUUCUCUAUUGUACAAAGUUCCUUAUGUGGCUCAAGAAAUCCAGGAGGAAAUCGAUGAGCUCCUUCAGGAACAGCGAGCAGAUAUGGACCAGUUCACCUCCUCCAUCUCAGAGAGCCCUGUGGAUGUCCGGGUGAGCUCUGAGGAGAGUGAGGAGAUCCCGCCGUUCCACCCUUUCCACCCCUUCCCAUCUCUGUCUGAGAAUGAAGACACUCAGCCGGAGUUGUACCACCCAAUGAAAAAAGGAUCUGGAAUGGCAGAGCAAGACGGGGGACUAAUUGGUGCAGAAGAAAAAGUGAUUAACAGUAAGAAUAAGAUGGAUGAAAAUAUGGUCAUUGACGAAACUCUGGAUGUUAAGGAAAUGAUUUUCAAUGCCGAGAGAGUUGGAGGCCUAGAGGAGGAGCCGGAAUCUGUGGGACCUUUGAGAGAAGACUUCAGUUUGAGCAGCAGUGCUCUUAUUGGCUUGCUGGUUAUUGCCGUGGCCAUUGCUACAGUCAUUGUUAUCAGCCUGGUGAUGCUGAGGAAGAGGCAGUAUGGCACCAUCAGCCAUGGGAUUGUGGAGGUUGACCCAAUGCUUACCCCAGAAGAGCGUCACCUGAACAAGAUGCAGAACCAUGGUUAUGAGAACCCAACCUACAAGUACCUGGAGCAGAUGCAGAUUUAAGGACAGGCUAUGUGUGACAGACACCCUGGCUGGAGGCUGGUGCAGGUGGGCUAGAAGAGGUUCAGCAUUUGUGCCUGACUGCUGACCACCAGUGGUGCCGGAAGGCAGGCCUCAUCGUACAUCCUGCUCUCCUGGAUUGUUAAGACUAUAAAGUACUACUGUAGGAUUGCAAUUUCCAUUCUUUUAAAUGGAUUAAAAAAAUGUUAAUAUAACAAUAUAUGAUAUAUAAACCUUAAGUGAAAUGAAAAAAAAUGAUCUAUUGCAGAUAUCUGAUGGAUGUAGUUUUCUUUUUUUAAAUUAGAAAUGCCACUUCUAUUGUAUUGUCUCACACAUGCUCUAUAUAAAUGGAAAAUGUUGAUUUUUCGAUGAUAGACUAUAUACACAGGCUGUUCCCGUUAGUAAGUCAGUUCUUCAGGCUCAUUUGCUGUGCUGGUUUUAUUAUUUUGUUUUUAUGUAAAAAGGCAGUAUUCCCCUUUUUAGGUUGCUGAGAAACUUAAGUGGAAUUGAAGUGCAUUGUGGUACAGUUAAUGAACUAUUUUAAAAGUACAGUUUCUUUGGAAGCCUAACAUUUCCAGUGCUGGGUGUUGGGUGCUUCUGUACUAGCUGUCCCCAAGCGGGGCUGAGGCACCUUGAGCAAGGCCAGUGCAUACAGAGAUCCACUGUGCUUUCCUUCAAAUCCAGUUCUUCCACAGCAGCCAGCCUGUAGUUAGUACAUGCUGUUAUUCCACUGUUGUUUACUGGAGCUCGUUACCAUCCACUUCCCUCUACCAAGUGCGUCCAGAUGUGCAGCCCCCUCCUCUCUGGACAUCUCCCUCCAAUGCACUGACCCUCUGCCCUCCUUGUACCUCACUUCCACUCCCAACACUCUCCCCAGCUCUUGCUGUUCACUCAGAGAAUACCAUAAUAUGUGGCUGAGGACCCAGGAGAGUUCACAGGAGGCUUCUUUAUAUGAAAGGAGAGUGUUCUGGGUUGUACACGAAACUGGAUCUGUAGACACUGUGGAAAUCUUUGAAAAUUUGUUUCCUUCACAUGAGUCUGUAAUGCUUUUAUAGCUGAAGCUGAUGCUCAUAACCUUUGUUGGAGUUUUGUUGUUUGUUUUGUUUUGUUUUGAUCUGAAGGUUCUGGUAACCUGUUGUAAGUUUUUGGUUUUGUUUUGGGGUUUUGUUUUGUUGUUGUUGUGUUUUGUAUUUUUCUGUGACUUCUUCCUCCUCUUCCUAGCCAUGCGUCCUCCCACUAUGCACAGGUUGAAACUUCACCUCCAGACUCCUUAGUGUGAUCUGUGGAGAAUGUACAGAACUUAACCACCUCAAUAAACACUUUAACUCCCCCCA